AACCGGGCUCAGUCUACUAAGGAAGGAAAGAUGGAUAUGAGGAGAGUCUGGCCCGUCUUAGCUGCAUUGCUUAUUUUUCUAUUUGUAAAUUCUUAUGCAGAUAGAUUUGAGCCAACCUGGGAGUCACUUGAUAAACAUCAAGGUCCAGCAUGGUUUGAUGAAGCCAAAGUCGGGCUAUUCGUACACUGGGGAGUUUAUUCUGUUCCAGCGUUUGGCACCGAUGGGGUUCUUGGAGAAUGGUUUUGGUGGGCUUGGCGAGGGGAGAAAAGACAAAAGUGGAUAGAUUUUAUGAAAAAAAAUUACAGACCAGGAUUUCAGUAUGAAGAUUUUGCACCUCAGUUUAGGGCAGAAAUGUUUGAUGCUGAUAAAUGGAUUGAUAUUUUCAAUGCAUCUGGUGCUAAGUACUUUAUCAUUACAAGCAAGCAUCACGAUGGUUUCACAAAUUGGAAAUCAAAUAUUUCAUGGAAUUGGAAUUCUGUAGACACUGGACCUCACAGGGAUAUCAUUGCCGAGUUGUCUUCAAAAAUCAGAAGUAAAACCGAUAUCAAGUUCUGCUUGUACCACUCUCUGUUUGAAUGGUUUCACCCGUUGUUUCUGAAGGACAAAAGCAAUGGCUUCCAAACACUGGAAUAUCCUAAGACAAUCUUGCUGCCUCAGCUAUAUGACAUGGUCAAUACAUUUAAGCCACACUAUAUAUGGUCUGAUGGAGACUGGGAUGCAGGCUCAGACUACUGGCAAAGCAAAGAAUUCCUUGCCUGGCUUUAUAACGACAGCCCGGUGAAAGACGACAUUUUAGUGAAUGACAGGUGGGGUAAAGACGCCAACUGCAAGCAUGGGGAUGUAAAGACAUGUGGUCGUGAUCGCUUUGAUCCGGGUAAACUUCUGUCAUUCAAAUGGGAAAAUGAUAUGACAAUUGAUCACUAUUCCUGGGGCUUCAGAAGAAAUGCACCGCUUAGCGAUUACUUGACUGUAAAGAAUUUAACAGAUUUGCUUGCGGAAACGAUCAGUUGCGGUGGCAAUCUCGUUAUGAAUAUCGGGCCAACAGCAGACGGAAGAAUAACGCCAAUAUAUGAAGAACGACUACGAGGCUUUGGUGCAUGGCUGAAAGUAAAUGGUGAAGGCGUCUACGCCACGAAGCCUUGGAGAAAACAGAAUGACACAGUAACGCCGGGAAUAUGGUAUGUGACCAAGGAUUCCAAUGUGUACGCCUUCGUACUGGAAUGGCCAGAAAACGAUGUCGUAUUUCUAUCCGACCCAGUGGCGUCUUUUGGAACGAAAGUUACAAUGCUUGGUUUAAAGAAGGAUUUGUUGUGGAUGCACAAGAGUGGACAAGCAGGCAUGGAAAUCAGUCUCAAAAACAUCAGGCCGCAAGAGCUCCCUUGCCAUCACACUUGGGUGCUAAAAUUGCAUACAGUUACAUGAAUGAAAUUGAUCGUUUCUGUCAUCAUAUGAUUUAUAAUCAUACAAAUCAUGGAUGAUUAUCUGUGAACGUAUCUUAAUUUUCAACGAUUGAGCUUCAAUUAACAACGGUUAUCUAGAAAUAAGACGCCAAUCACAUCAUCUGAUUCUGAUCUUGAUUUUUGAAGGACUGUAACAUGUGGAUGCACUGUCUAAAAAGGAAUAAUCUACUUCUGGACCAUAGAGACUUUUUGCCUAAUCAUGUAAUUUUUUUAUCGUUUUCAUGUAGAAGAUCGUGUUUACUUGUCCUGAAAUGUAGAUUUAUCUGCUCAUUUUGCUUGA